GGCAACUACAGGGGAUUGGGAGAACUAGAGGGGCAAUUAGGGCACCUGGGCCUCACGUGUGCAGGGCAGGCUGUGCUCCUCUGUGACGAGACUUUAAAACUGUGUCAGAGACCACAAAACCAUGUCGGGUUGGAUAUUUUUUGCAGUGCAGUGAGAGCCACCCAAAGCCAGCGGAGCGCAGCGGUGCAGCAGGACUCCUGGCUGCCGGGCUCGGGCUGCUCACCGGCGGCCAGACUCACAUCACUUCACACCCCCAGCCUGCGGCGACACGGAUUUUUUUUUCUUCUCAGCUUGUCACCUGAAGCCUGUAAUGUGUUCAUUUUUUUUUUAAAGCUCCUACAGUGAGAGGGCGUAUCCGCUUUCAGAGAGAGGCUGAGCGGAGAGAGUGGGAGGGCUUUUCUGUGUUUUCGCUUUGGUUUGAAACAUAGGAAGAAAGCAGCGAGCGAGCAGCCACGCCGCCCACUGAACAGGGCGAAGCGCGCAUCAACAAUUUCGCAACCGCCGCUGCUGUCCUGAUUAAAUCCACGGAGGAGCGGAGGAGAGCAGACACCCACAGGCAGACAGACAGGGGAGGACUGCUGCUGUUAUCCGAAAGAGGAACUAAUAAAAAAGAAAAGAUGGAUGACCAUGUUGCCACCAAAGAGCUGUGACAUCACUGUGAAGUCGUGGAUGUUGGUGGACGGCGUGCUUUCUUAACUUCCCUUGGAGUUGUGCAGCCUUUCUACGAGACCCGUUUGACGCACCUCGUCUUAAAUAACUGCUGUUGUCUGCCAGUAAAUAUAAUUAGGCACCACCUACCUAUCUUUAAAAAAAUGGAGACUCUUUCCCAAGAUUCCAUUCUGGAGUGCCAGAUCUGCUUCAACUACUACAGCCCUCGCCGGCGGCCCAAACUCCUGGAUUGCCGACACACGUGCUGCUCGGUGUGUUUGACCCAGAUGCGCAGCAGCCAGAAGGAGAUUCGUUGCCCCUGGUGCCGUGGCGUCACCAAGCUCCCGCCGGGCCUAUCCGUCUCCCAGCUCCCGGAUGACCCGGACAUCAUCACUGUCAUCGCCAUCCCUCACGCCUCUGAGCACACGCCUGUUUUCAUCCGCCUCCCCAGCAACGGCUGCUACAUGCUGCCACUGCCCAUCGCCAAGGAGCGGGCGUUAGGCCUGCCGGGGGAGCUGGGAUGCCGUUUCCUGCCCGGCGGCCAGCAGAAGGGGGUGACGGUGGUGACCGUGCCCGAGCAGCAGCCUCUGGGCUUGGCUAUGGGUCUGGAGGGUGUGGGGGUGGGGCUGGAGGGAGGCGAGGGUGAGAGGAGAGUUACUGGCCCGGUGGGAGGAGGGAAGGGCUCCACGUGGUCCGGCGUGUGCACAGUGAUCCUGGUGGCGUGCGUGCUGCUUUUCCUCCUGGGCAUCGUGCUGCACAACAUGUCCUGCAUCUCCAAACGUUUCACUGUCAUCUCCUGCGGCUGAGGGCGGGGGGAGGCACCUCGGACUGCCGCGGACCCCCCCCUCUGCCUCUCCUCAGGACGGGACUCUGCUGAGGAGAGGGGACUAAACUCACAUUAUGGGCAUCCAAGGAAACUACAGAGCAAUGUAGGGAGAAACAGAUGAAGAAGAGGGCAGGGAGAAGAUCCACGAACAGUCUGCAAUUGUGUCCAAUUUUCUUUAUUUGGGAGACUAAAAUUAAAAUGGAAAUACAGAUACAAACCUUAAUUUUUCUUUUUGCCGGCCCUGAAACUCCCGUCCUUUUUCUGUCCUUCCAUUUUGGGAAUUACUCCAGAAAAGUUUUUGGCCAACUGAUAUGUUUUUGGCCAGCUAAUAUGUUUUUGGCCAGCUGAUAUGUUUUUGGCCAGCUGAUAUGUUUUUGACUAGGGGCCGAUCUGACACUCACUCACACUCGCGGCUGUUGGAUUGCUGUUUAGUCUGUGGUUUGUAGAAGUGCAUCCGAUAUCAUAGUGUUGUUUAGCUGAGUAUAGGUUCCAAGUGCGGUGUCUCCAGCUGGUGCUGCAGUACAAAGAGUUCGGACUUGGCUGCUCUCCGUCCUCUGAUGCUGCAGGAAUUAACUGCAGGAUCAACGUCUGGCCCCAUCUGAAUCAUCUGGGAAACUCAAAAUCAACACAGCUUUAUUCUCCUUUCAUACUUCAUGAACAGGUUGUAACCUGUUCAUGUUCAGAACGAACUGUUGCUAUAAUGGCUCUGUGUAGUUAGUAAAGGGAUUGUUGUAAAAGAAAAACAAAACCCGGAUUGCAUUGUUCAUUCAUGCCAGCAUAUUACAGGCCUAAAUUUAAAACACAGGUAGUAGUGAGUUGCUUUAUUAGGUCUCAAAAGGUUUGAUUGCUGAUACGAUUAGGCAAUGAAGAGAUUGGUCGGUAGUUAAAAAUUGUUUAUGACAUUUAUCAAGCAAAACAUUUGUUUUCAGCUUGUUUUGCAGUUUUUUUUCUCUGUUUUAUAUCGUUGUAAAUUCAAUAUCAUUGGGUUUUAGGUUGUUGGUCGGACAAUGCAAAUAAUUUGAAGACACUUUGGCUAUAAAAAAUUGCGAUGUCACUAUUUUCUGACAAUUUCUUCACUAAAUGAUUAAUUGAAGAUCUAAUUGAUUGGCUGUUAAUUAAAAUGAUCACUAGUUACUGUCCUGUUUUGAAUGUGGUGAGAAACAAUUUGUACAGCCUUUAGUAGGAUGCUAGCUGCUGAAAAUGUACAGGCUAUCUGAUAAACAAAGAAAUUGCUUAACGCACUGUAUUUAGAACUGAAGAAAUUUAAAAAAGGAAUAGUUUGACAUUUUGGGAAACACACUUAUUUACAUUCUGUCUGUCCAAGCGGUAGAUCGAUACCACUCCACACUGUCUGUGUGCUACCCACGGCUCAACAGCCAGGAGGCGAUUAGCCUAGCUUAGCAUGAACUGGAACAGGGGGAACAGUUAGCCUGGCUCACUUUAUCAGCACCUCUUUAAUUAACAUGUUGUAUCUCAGUUGUUUAAUCUGUACACAAACAGAAAUGUAAUGUUGUGCUAAGUGCUACAUGCUACGUGAGUUACAGCACAUAACUCGCUAUAAAACCACAACCUAUUUUUUUUGUAUAGUACAACAAACAAAAUAAAACAUUACAGUUUACGUUACAGUCAUUUGUGAGCUUUAGCAGCCUUUAUUUGUAGGCGUGUUUCUGUACUUCGAAGAGCGCAAGGCUAGCUGUUUCCCCUAGCUAGCUAGCUAGCUAGCUGUGUUGAGAGUUGCAGCUACAUAGUACAUGAGCAAACCUAAGCUUUUAAUUUGUAUACAGUUUAAACAAACACAAUAAAACAUGUUAGUGAUCUGUGA